AUGCCGAACUAUGCAAGGUUCAUGAAGGAUCUAUUAUCAAGGAAGCGUAAGUUGCGGGAAUAUGAGACGGUAAAUGUGACAGAAGAAUGUAAUGCUAUCAUCCAAAAGAAGUUACCUACCAAAGUCAAGGAUCCAGGGAGCUUCAGCAUUCCAUGCACUAUAGGAAAAGUGGAAGCGGACAACGUUUUAUGUGAUCUUGGAGAUAGCAUUAAUGCCAUGCCACUCUCCAUGAUGAAGAAUCUGGGGAUUACUGAAAUGAAGCCCACAAGAACAAUAGUACAACUGGCUGACCGCUCUUCAAAGCAAGCUUAUGGCAUCAUUGAGGAUAUAUUGGUAAAGGUUGACAAAUUCAUCAUUCAUGUCGAUUUUAUCAUCCUUGAUAUAGAGGAAGAUGCUACAAUUCCAAUGAACUUCGGAAGACCCUUCUUGGCAACUUCAGGAGUGCUGAUUGAUGUACUUAAGGGUGAGCUGAUCUUACGAGUGGACGGAGAGCAGGCUAUAUUCAAGUUCUUUGAUAAAGAAAAUUCUCCACCUGAAGUUUAA